UUCAUUCAUAAAAACCAUCGCCAACUUAGGGAAUCAAACGAAAAAACAGAACUCAACGCGAUAAGCGAUCAGCAAUCAACAGCAGCAUCGGCAACAUCAAGCAGCCGAGACGCACCAGCAGCAGCAGCAACAGCAACACCACCCUCACCAUAGGUUGGCAACAAGUUAUUUUGAUGGAGUAUGCUAUAAAAGACACAGCUACUCAUGUUACUCUGAACUAGCACUCUCCACAGAGCUCAUUUAUUGUCAAUUCGGUUUUAAUUUUUUUUUUUAAAAAAAGAAACUACAAACAAGAUCUACCAGUACAAAAACAGAGCUUCGGUCCGCCAUCAACAGUCACUCCGAAAAUUGCAGGACGCCCAUAAAGCAAAACCCCCCCUUCGAAAAAAAGGGGCCUCAACGCCAUAAUCAAACAGCAGCAGCGUUGGCAAGAUCAAGCAGCCAAGACGCAGCAGCACCGCCCUCACCGCCUAACCAGAAAUUAGUACCCGUUCUGUUCUCAAAGAAGCGGAUUUUUACGUGUUUUGCUUCAAAUUAAGUUUCGCGUCGGUUUCGGUGGAGGAUUGCGGAUUUCCUUGGGGAUUAGGAAACGAUUGCAUUAUUUAGUGAGCUCGGUUUGAAUCUUUUGCUGAAGCCGUAAAAGAGGGGCUUAAAACUACUUCUGGAGAAGUCAUUGGUGUGAUAGGAGGGCAAAAUGUCCAAAUCUUGCAAAGGCCUAGCAAUGGAACUGGUGAAGUGCCUGAGUGAAUCAGAUUGCGUUAAGGUUGAAAAGCGAUCAUAUAGGGAAUGUGCUGGAGAGAAGAGCCCAUCGAUAGCAAGUGAGUGUGUGGGACUUAGGGAAACAUAUUUCAAUUGCAAGAGGGGCCAGGUUGAUAUGAGAGCUAGGAUUCGUGGAAACAAAGGCUACUAAGCGCUAUUGUCACCUUUUCUCAGCAAGGUUAUUGAGUUUUGAAACCUCAAAUUUUCGAGGCCUCCUUCGAGGCCGGCCUUUCAAAGGGGGAAAAUUGAUCAAUCACUUGCCAGUUCAGUUGUGGAGUGUGUACUUCAGAAGGGAUGUUUGAAGUUUGUCUGUCCUUUGCUGAAACUUUCAAUUUUGAUCGACGUUUUCUUAAUUAUUUUUGAGCAAACAACUAAAUCAAAUUGAGGCUUGAAAUGUGAUUUGUCAAAGCUCAUAACUCUUUGCGACAGCCAUGUGGACAUUAUGCACUCAAAAUGGCUUUUCUUGGUCACUUUAUAUUUCUCUCAAGGUCGUGUAGUUGGCGAUGUGCCCUUAAAAGGGUCCUAAAAGGGACUCGGAUAAUGCACUCAAAGUGGCUUUUAUGUCGAUGUAAGUUUAAAAACAUUAUGCAUUCCAAGAUAGCGACAAGUCAUUUUCUUUUGGUGAUUA